GCGCACACUCCCACUUCCUUCGCCCCAAAAUUUCCCCAGGAAGCCACCAAGGCAGCUCCAGCUCUGCUCUGCUCUGCUCCCCAAUGCCUUCCUCAUAGACGCGCCCGCGCCUUCCGCCCGUCGCAAUGGCCGUCGUCGUGCCCCGCGCGGUGCUGCUUGCGGCCGUCGCGUCGCUUGCAUGCCUCGCCUUCGCGGAGCCGCCUCCGAGCGAGCGGUCGGCGCUGCUGGCGUUCCUCACGGCCACGCCCCACGAGCGGAGGCUCGGCUGGAACACCUCCACACCGGCCUGCGCCUGGGUCGGGGUCACGUGCGACGCCGCCCAAUCCACCGUCGUCCAGCUGCGCCUCCCGGGGGUCGGCCUCGUCGGCGCCAUCCCGCCGGCGACCAUCGGCCGCCUCCCCAACCUCCAGGUGCUGUCGCUCCGCUCCAACCGCAUCAUCGGGGGCAUCCCCGACGACCUGCUCCAGCUCUCCAGCCUCCGCGCCAUCUUCCUGCAGAACAACAUGAUCUCCGGCGCCAUCCCGUCGGGGGUCGGCAAGCUCGCGGCCCUCGAGAGGCUCGUCCUCUCCCACAACAAUCUGUCAGGCCCCAUCCCCUUCGCGCUCAACAGCCUCGCCUCCCUGCGCUCUCUGCGGCUCGAAGGCAACCGCCUCUCCGGCAAAAUCCCCAGCAUCACCAACCCGGAGCUCAAGGAUUUCAACGUCUCCGUCAACAGCCUCAACGGCUCCAUUCCGCAGGCCCUCGCGCGGUUCCCGGCGGACUCCUUCGCCGGGAACCUCCAGCUGUGCGGCAAACCGCUGCCCCCUUGCAGCCCCUUCUUCCCGUCCCCGUCGCCGGCUCCCGGGAUGAGCCCGGGCGACGAGCCUGCGACGGUGUCUAACAAGAAGAGGAAGCUCUCAGGCGCGGCGAUUGCGGGCAUCGUCGUGGGUGCCGUGGUCGUCGCGCUGCUCCUGCUUGCCGUCAUCGUGCUCUGCGCGAGGUCCCGGCGGCGGAGAGGCGCCCGUGAGGGAGCACCAAAGGGCACAUCCGCGGCGGCGGUGGGGCAAACAAGAGGAGUGGCUCCACCGGCGUCGGGCGAUGUCACCGGCAUGACGUCCUCGUCGAAGGACGACAUGGGAGGCGGCACCUCCGGGUCGGCGGCCGCGGCGGCGGUGGCCGCGGGCGCCGGCACGGGGGAGGCGAGCCGGCUGGUGUUCCUGGGGAAGGGCGCGGGGUACAGCUUCGACCUGGAGGACCUGCUGCGCGCGUCGGCGGAGGUGCUGGGGAAGGGGAGCGUGGGGACGUCGUACAAGGCGGUGCUGGAGGAGGGGACGACGGUGGUGGUGAAGCGGCUCAAGGACGUGGCGGUGGCGCGGCGCGAGUUCGACGCGCACAUGGAGGCGCUGGGCAGGGUUGAGCACCGCAACCUGCUCCCCGUCCGCGCCUACUACUUCUCCAAGGACGAGAAGCUCCUCGUCUGCGACUAUCUCCCCAACGGCAGCCUCUCCGCCAUGCUCCACGGGAGCCGGGGCUCCGGCCGGACGCCGAUGGACUGGGAUGCGCGCAUGCGCUCGGCGCUGUCCGCCUCUCGCGGCCUCGCGCACCUGCACUCGGCGCACAACCUCGCGCACGGCAACGUCAAGUCCUCCAACGUCCUGCUCCGACCGGACUACGACGCCGCCGCGCUCUCCGAUUUCUGCCUCCACCCGAUCUUCGCCCCGUCGUCCAUCCGCACCGGCGCCGGCGGCUACCGCGCACCGGAGGUCGUGGACACGCGCCGUCCCACGUUCAAGGCCGACGUCUACUCCCUGGGCGUCCUCCUGCUGGAGCUCCUCACCGGCAAAUCCCCGACGCACGCGUCCCUCGAGGGCGACGGGACGCUGGACCUGCCACGGUGGGUGCAGUCCGUGGUGCGCGAGGAGUGGACCGCCGAGGUGUUCGACGUCGAGCUGGUGCGGCUCGGCGCGAGCGCCGAGGAGGAGAUGGUGGCGCUGCUGCAGGUGGCCAUGGCGUGCGUCGCCACCGUGCCGGACGCGCGGCCGGACGCCCCGGACGUGGUCAGAAUGAUCGAGGAGAUCGGCGGUGGCCAUGGCCAGACGACAACCGAGGAGAGCGCGCGGGGCACCCCGGAGGAGGAGCGGUCGAGGGGCACGCCUCCGGCCGCCCCGACGCCGUGAUUCCGUCCGAGUAAAGUUAAAAUUGCAUAGGUAUUGAAUAGAGUGGUGCCUGUAUGUCAUGUUCUUUGCCUAAGUUUUUUAUUUUUGCAAUUGUUAUUCAUUUUUUUACGGUUUCAGUCGAUAUUUCGUCGGCGGUAAACAACCGACCGGAGAAGGGGACGACAGUGAUGAGUUCGGAGUUUGACGGUGUAGGUAGCUGGGGGUUUACCGGGUGGGGGAGCAUGGCGGUUAGGAAAAUGGAAAUGUAUAUUUUUUGUGCCGUUCGCUCCCGUUUGUGAUUGAUAUACUCCCUGGACUCUGGAGUGAGUAGGUGCGUGUUGUGCCGGGAACAAGUUAACUCCGAAAAGAAUCCAUUUCUUGUUUCAGCAUCAAUAAUACCAUGCGAAUUGUGUCA